GUGGAAUCGAAACUACAUCACCCAAACUACUUGUGUAAUCAGUUAAUACCUAGGACGCGUUGUGUAGUACAUUUCUCUUAUUUAAAUGGAAAAAACACAGGUGGGGCAAUGGAGGAUCCAAAAUCUGUCCAAAGGAGGUUUGAAGCUGCUGUCAAAGUGAUGAGGAGUUUACCUGAAGAUGGUGCCUAUGAACUCUCGGAUGACAUGCUUGCUAUCUUCUACAGUUACUACAAACAAGCCACUGUGGGCCCAUGCAAUACCCUAAAACCAAAUUCCUGGGAUCCUAUUGGUAAAGAUAAAUGGGAGGCUUGGAAAGCCUUAGGAAACAUGUAAAAAGAUCAAGCCAUGAGGGAAUAUGUUCAAGAAAUACAGCUGAUAAUAGAAACCCUCCCGGUCACAGACAGGAUGGAAGAAUUAAUGGAUGCUCUUGACCCAUUUUAUGAGAUAGUGGAGGAUGAAGAUGAAGCUGCACGCAGUAAACCAGCACAGUUAUCCACAGAUUUAAACAUUUUGGCAGCAGGGGAUGGUGGAUCACUUGUGUUUAAUGGCGGUGAGGAGAGCAGUGUAUCGUCUUCAACCAAUGAAACUCACAGUUCUUUAAAUACUGAGGUGGAAGAAGAGGAACUGGUGUACAGCAGAGAGCCCAGCACAGAGCCUCCAAAGUUCUGCUCAUCUGACAACUACCCUAGUGGUACUGGUGACAUCAUUCUGACCAAAUACAAAUCUCACACAGCUGAAUCAGAUGAUGAACUGUACAGUGACUCAAUGGAACAGCCAGAAAAACCCCAAAAGGGUUCAGGAGUUCCCAGGGUCCGUUUGGCAGAUGUAAGUGCGGCUGGGGCCAACAUUAAGCAGCGACAAGGGGGAAACAGAGAAGCUCAGUGUGGGAGUCAGGAUGGAAAACCACAGGGAGUUAAACCCCCCGUCCCCCACCCACCAGCACUUGGAACAGUCCAAACUGACAGAAUGUCACAGAGCAGAGGAAGAGGCUGUCGGUUAGUGGGAACUAACUUGACAGAGCACAGUUGCCAAGGAGAUGGUGAGAUGAAAGGAAGCAAGGACAAGCAUGCAUUUAACACGCAGAUCGCCAUGACACUGUCACAGUUACAGAACAAUAUGCGAGAUGUGCUGCAAAGACUGACCAAACUGGAAAUUCUGACAGCCUCACAAAUUGAAAGUAUUUCCUUAGAAAGUUGCCGCACAAACUCACCAAAUACGAGAUUACCUUGGUGGCCAUUAGACUUGUCCCCUAUCUGUGUAGUGCUGGCUGUUAUGUGGCCUUUUGCUGUGCACUGGCUCGUGCAGGUUUAUUUACAGAAGAGGAAGAUAUGGUUAAAGUACAAUCCAGUGAAGUGAAGAUCCAGGGACCGUCUGAACAGUUCCUAAAAGAUUUCAAGUGGUCUACUAGAUCGAAUGUAUACAAGCUUUAGGUCAUAAACAAAUAUAUUGAAUCACAACACUUUUGUGUUUUAUAUAGUUUGCUUUUCUGCAGUGAGUGCAGAUAGUUUAGUCUGGCAACUUAGUCUGCCUAUUAAAGAUCCUUGUGAAACACAUGAUGGCAUUCUUACAUUAGCUUCUAAACGAUUACAUUUUGAAGAAAAAUCUAGGGACCCAUAUAACUUGUUGAAGGACACGGAUUUUCUUUUGCAAAGGAGGAUUUCGUAGAAGAUAAAAGUUGUACUAAACCAUACAAAGAGAAAAAUUAAGCAAGAUGGAGGUGAAAUAUAUCUUAUUUGAUAUAAAUAUUAUCCAGAGUUUUAUAUGUGGACCAUUGUUUGUAUAAUUCAAGUAGUCAUAUUUAUAAGCACAAGUCUUAUUCAAAUUUUACAAUAAUUACUGUUAGUGUUAUCUAAAUUGUCAAUGUUUUUGUAAAUUAUUUGUAUUUGUAUUAUUCAUAGCCUAUUUAAUAUGAAUGUUGUCCACAUGUACUAUAAUCAUCUGACCUCUGAAGCCUAUUAAGACCCUAACAGGAAUAUUCACAAAGAAAUAUGUCAUGCUUUACUCACUAUCGUGAAAAAUGACUAAGCUCUAUAAACCGAAGAUUUAAGAUCUUUUUAGAUUUAAAAACAGCUUUUUGUCUAUUACAGAAAAAGUCAAACUGUGUUAAAAUUGUGUGAGGGUGUGCAAAUGACAGAUGUUUGUUUUUCAGUGAACUGAUUAUUUUAUUAAUAUGUAAAUAAGUGAAUGCUUUCAAACAAGCGAUUCCUGCGCAACAAUUCAAGCGCUUCAUAUGUGGAUCCAUUGAAAAACGGUGUCGUUUCUACCCGUACGCAUUUAAGUGAAGGAACAACCGGCUGCUUUGGUGACUUGUCAGUUUGGCUAAAUUAAUCUAUAAUUAAUCAUCUAAAUUAAUCUCAUCUAAAAUACGCUUGCCUAUGAGGUCUUAACAUACAAAACAAUGUCUGUUAAGCCACUGACUUACAAAGCAUGCGAGUU